GGCGGCGAGGGCCGGCGGGUUAACGACGGCGCUGGAAUUCGAGGCCGAGCCGGAAACGGCGCCAGGAGCCGCGGGUCCUGGAGGCGGCGGCCGCGGGCCCUGACAGAGCCCCCAGAGCCACUGGGGGAGAGGCGGUCUUGAAAAAAUGUCAAAGCUGCAAGGAUUUGAGUUCUGGAGACAUACUUUGCAAGGGGCACAUUAUGUAGUUGCCCCCAUGGUAGAUCAAAGUGAACUGGCUUGGAGACUAUUGAGCCGCCGCCAUGGAGCUCAAUUGUGCUACACACCUAUGUUACAUGCUCAAGUGUUUGUUCGAGAUGCCAACUAUCGAAAGGAAAAUCUGUAUUGUGAUGUGUGUCCUGAGGAUCGUCCCCUUAUUGUACAGUUCUGUGCCAAUGAUCCUGAGGUAUUUGUCAAGGCUGCUCUCCUGGCUCAAGAUUAUUGUGAUGCCAUAGAUCUGAAUUUGGGCUGUCCUCAAAUGAUCGCCAAGAGAGGUCAUUAUGGAGCUUUCCUACAAGAAGAGUGGGAUCUGCUCCAGAGAAUGAUUCUGUUGGCACAUGAGAAACUUUCUGUUCCGGUCACCUGCAAAAUCCGAGUCUUCCCAGAAAUUGACAAGACUGUGAAAUAUGCUCAGUUGCUGGAGAAAGCUGGCUGUCAGGUGAGGCAGGAGACUGUAUUGCCUGAGUUAUUAACUGUUCAUGGACGUACCAAGGAACAGAAGGGUCCACUAUCUGGAAUUGCAUCCUGGGAGCACAUAAAGGCCGUGCGGAAGGCAGUGAAUAUCCCUGUAUUUGCAAAUGGAAACAUCCAAUACCUCCAUGAUGUAGAAAAGUGCAUCCAGGAAACAGGAGUGCAUGGAGUGAUGAGUGCAGAGGGUAACCUACACAAUCCAGCCUUGUUUGAAGGCCGAAACCCACUGGUGUGGGAGAUGGCCGAGGAAUAUCUGGAGAUUGUUCAGCAGUACCCUUGCCCCCUGUCCUAUGUCCGGGCUCACCUCUUCAAGCUGUGGCAUCACACGCUACAGAUACAUCAGCAGCUUCGGGAAGAACUGGCUAAAGUAAAGACCUUGGAAGGGAUUGCUGAUGUUAGCAGAGAGCUGAAGCUACGUUGUCAGGAGGAAAUGGCCAGUCAGAAGGAAGGAGAGAAGCCCAAGGGAGGAUUGCCUUUCUUCCAUUGGAUCUGUCAACCAUAUGUCCGACCUGGGCCUAAAGAGGUGAGCAAGGAGAAUGGCAACACUGAUCGCAGCACACGGGGAAAGCGAGCCUUGGAGGAGGAGGAGGAUGGCAGUUCGGACUUUCUUUCGAAGAACAAGCAGAAAAAGAAACUGAGGAACCCAAACAAAAACUUUGACCCUUCCUUGAAACCGAAAUAUGCAAAGUGUGACCAGUGUGGAAACCCAAAGGGCAACAAAUGUGUUUUUAACCUGUGCCGGGGCUGCUGCAAGAAGAGAGCUUUCAAAGAAACUGCAGAUUGUCCAGGUCAUGGAUUGCUUUUUAAAACCAAAUCAGAGAAGUCCCUUGCAUGGAAAGGUGGUCCACCCAGCUUGCAGGAACCCCAGUCCAGGGAUCCAGGAAUGAAGGAACCUGGUGGAUUCCCAGAAGUUGUGGGUAGUGUAGGAUGAAGGGCCAGCCGGAGCCCAGUACAACCCCUCCUCCCAUUCCUGGGCCUCUGUUCCAGUGCCACUGCCUUGAUAAUGGUAUUAGGGCUGCUGCUGCUGCUGCUGAAUUCCAGAUAAGUCUUAUUUAAAGAAACACCUUUACUCAGGGAAAUCUCCUGUUAUUUUAACACAGAAGGAAAUGCUGUAUGGUCCUCUCACUACAGGGCCCAUAUUGAGGCCUCUGGAAAUGCUGCAUUGGAGAGCAGGUUCCCAGGCUGGACCUGCCUGUCCACUGUCCUCAUUAACCCCUCUGUGUUUUAAAAACUGAAAAAAUAAAUAAUCAUUUUACAUCACA